AAAGUAUCACUAUCAAUUACAAUAUCAGUUGUUGUAAUACACAGUGGAUACAUUCUGAAUCCAAAAGCAUGUUUCAAAAUCUCAUGAAAAAGUCUGAUAGCCAUAUCAUUAUGAAUCUCCAAUGCUGAUGAAUUACCAUGAACAAUGUAUUUGGCAUGAAUUUUUUUCAGACACACAUCAAUGAAUUGAUAUAGCAUCCAUUAAAUCUCAGUACGAAGAUUUUUCAUGAAUGACAAUAUUGUCAACCCGAUAGUUACCGUACCUAAACCCAAAUAGUAUUUUACCUGAAUUGAAGUAAUAAUUUGAGGCCCAAAACCCGAAAGUUCCAAUACUAACCUUGGCCGCUAAUAGCAAGUUUUUUGUAGUUUCAAUUGGGCUGUGCAUACAGUAUGCCUUGGCUUAGCAUUUUUGAUUUCUCAGUGCUGCAUUUUUCUCUUUGUUAAUCGGAAAAUUUUUCAAAAGGCACACGCUCUUCCUGAACCAAAGGAUAUGCUUUGAAUAAAACAAGAAAAAUAUCAGUCAAUUUGGAAGUUUGUAGGAAGAUAUUUUCCAUUGGAUGGAUACACAAGUGUAAGCUAAUGCCAAUUCUUAUCCCUCCAAGCUUUAUGUUUUAAUUUGUCUAAAAAAUCUCUCAAAAGCUAGCUUUGCAUCAACAAUGGCUUCCACUUCUCCCGCAUCACAUUCUAUACAAACCAUUAAUGCUUCAAGAACCAACUUCCCUUCUCUAACAAUAAUAAACAAACCAUUUCUCAAGAACUUGCAUAUUUCCUUGCCAAAAACCAUUUCUCUUAGAGUAGAAUCCUCUAGCACUGCAAAGUACAAUGAUGAUGUUGCUGUGGAUGAAGAAAUGGACAAGAUUAGAAGGCUACAGAAUGGAUCCGAUGUUCGUGGGGUCGCUUUGCAAGGUGAGAAAGGCCGAAGUGUAGAUCUUACACCACCUGCUGUCGAGGCAAUAGCAGAAAGCUUCGGUGAAUGGGUAAUUCGAGGGUUGGAGAAGGCGAAAGGUGUUAACGUUUCUCUGGGAAAAGACCCUCGAAUUUCAGGUAAAACACUGAGCGUUGCUGUAUUUUCUGGGCUUUCUAGGGCUGGUUGCGUGGUAUUUGACAUGGGACUUGCAACAACGCCAGCAUGCUUCAUGAGCACUAUUCUGCCUACAUUUGAAUAUGAUGCCUCAAUAAUGAUGACUGCAUCUCACUUGCCCUACACUCGAAAUGGUCUUAAAUUCUUCACAAAAAAGGGAGGUUUAACAUCACCAGAAGUGGAGGAAAUAUGCGACGCAGCAGCUAGAAAAUAUGCAAAUAGGCUUGCGAAAGUCUCAACGACACUGCCAACGCGGCCGAUUAAAGUAGAUUUCAUGAGCACUUACGCGAAGCAUCUACGAGAUAUUAUAAAGGAAAGAGUGAACCAUCCUUCCCAUUAUGACACUCCCCUCAAAGGAUUUCAGAUAAUUGUUAAUGCUGGAAAUGGAUCAGGAGGGUUCUUUACUUGGGAUGUGUUAGACAAGCUUGGUGCAGACACAUUUGGAUCUCUCCACCUAAAUCCGGAUGGAAUGUUUCCUAACCAUAUCCCUAACCCUGAGGAAAAAAUAGCCAUGUCCUUAACCAGAGCCGCAGUUCUUGAAAACAAGGCUGAUCUCGGCAUUGUUUUUGACACAGACGUGGAUCGGAGUGGUGUUGUGGAUAGUGAAGGAAAUCCCAUUAAUGGUGACCGGCUCAUUGCGCUAAUGUCGGCAAUUGUUCUCAUGGAACACCCUGGUACAACUGUUGUCACUGAUGCUCGAACCAGUAUGGCCUUAACUAAAUUUAUUACGAAUAGAGGAGGACAACAUUGCUUGUAUAGAGUUGGUUAUCGGAAUGUGAUUGACAAGGGUAUCAAUCUUAAUAAGGAUGGCAUCGAAACACAUCUCAUGAUGGAAACUAGUGGCCAUGGUGCUUUGAAAGAAAAUCACUUUCUUGAUGAUGGUGCAUACAUGGUCGUGAAAAUUAUAACUGAAAUGGUUAGAAUGAAGCUUGAGGGAUCAGAAGGAGGCAUUCACAGUCUCAUUAAAGAUCUUGAAGAGCCAUUGGAGUCGGCAGAACUCAGAAUGGUCAUCCUUUCUGAGCCUAGAUAUGCUAAAGCAAAAGCAUUUGAAGUCAUUGAAGCAUUCAAAACAUACAUUGAGCAAGGAUACUUACCAGGAUGGGAACUUGAUGCUUGUGGAGACUGCUGGGUUAGUGAUGGUUGCCUUGUGGACACUAGUGAUGAUCCAGCUGCAAUUGAUGCUUAUAUGUAUAGGGCCAAAGUUUCAGAAGAAGAAAAUGGCGAAUAUGGAUGGGUUCACCUUCGACAAAGUAUCCAUAACCCAAAUAUUGCUAUUAAUCUGCAAUCCACCAUUCCUGGUGGGUGCCAAUACAUGGCAAAAGUUCUGAGAGAUCGGUUUCUCUUGCCUAGCGGAAUGGAUAAAAUACUCUACAUCAACGAAAUUGAUAAGUAUGCUAGAAAUGGAAAUUUAAGCACAGAUGCUUAAGAGAUGUUUGAAGUUCAGAUUUGCCAAUAAUGUUGAACACAAAGUUUACUUAAACUGUGUUUGGUGCACUGGAAAAAGAAGAAGAAGAAGAAGUAAAGAGUGUGACAAAUGUAUUCUUACUUGAUGAAGUUGGCAGUUCAUUUACCUCUUGCACUUCUCGUACAUGGAAUUUGCAGCGCUUCUCGUGGUUAGCAAUGACACCAAAAUAUAUAGUUAUAAAAAUUUGUUUUAUAAAUUUAAUUGAGAUGAAAUGUACUGUUUUAUAGGCAUAUAAAAAUAUUUUUUGAGCA